AUGAGGCAAUAUAAUAAAGAAAUCAUUCAGGCUAAGUCAAGUUUUUCACAUCUAUUUUACAAUAAACUAGUUAUCAAAACACGUUCAAAACACGUUCUAACAGACGAUGAAAAAGAGCUCUUAAUUUUGGGUUUAAAUUUUAUUCCUUCAAUUACAAAUACGUCACUUAAUAUGCACAUAACAGCUUUUGAAAAAUUUAAAACAACCCUUCUCCAACAACUCUACUUUGGGAUCGAAGAAAUAAUGAGGCAUCCAUUUCAUAAAAAAUCUAAUUUGUCUCCCCCUAUGACAAAAAACAAAACUAUUAUAAGUUAUCUUAACUUGGUAGAAUGUGAUAUAACCGCACUUAUUUUCUCACAACUACCGAAAGAUGAAAAAAAUUUAACUCCUAAACUUAUUCACGCAUUAAACUCCCUUAUGUUUAAUCCUACAAUUAUCAUAAAAAAGGCCGACAAAGGAGGGGGCAUUUGUAUUUUAGAUAAAACUGACUAUGAAGAGAAGAUCUCUCUACUUUUAUCAGAUAAAAAUACAUAUAAACUACUCUCAGAAGACCCAACAAAAAGUAUAGCGAGAGAUGUUAACAAUCUUACUGACUAUAUGUUUCUUCAUUAA